AUGGGAAAUAGCCCCAGGCCUAACCGUGCAGCCGGCGAGAAGGCGAGCGAAGUCAACAUUGAUACCAACCCUCCCCUCCCUACUUCUUCUGUGCGGUCGGAAAUCGAAGGCUUCGGUAGGGAACUACCUGCCCGGCCUGCUUCGCCUACUCACCCCUCAUCCUCGUCAUCAUCUUCUGUUGACGAUAGGACCGAGUUGCAAAAAUUUAUCCAGGACAUCGGUGAUAAUGAAAAGGACAACAGCCGCCUUAGUAAGAUACUCCAGGAAAUUGAGAGUGAUGAGAUCUACAAGCUUUCCCACUACGCGGGUGACAACAGCGCGCUUCACAUGGCAGUCGAGCGCGGCAUGUUGUGGGCGGUCAAGCAACUGCUAGAUUACAAACCGAACGACAAAGUAAUGUUAUCCCAGGUGGAUAGCUACUGGCGACAGCCCCUCCAUAUCGCGUGUCUAUAUGGACACAAGGCCAUUGCGGACCUGCUCCUGAGGCAUGGAGCAGAUAUUGAGGCCACAGAGCUUACUGGGGCCACUGCUCUCAACGAGGCAUGCAGGGAAGGUCACAAGGCUAUUGUAGAGCUUCUCCUAUCUGAGUCCUACAAUGCCAACACUCGAGUCGUUGAUAUAUUUGGGUGGUCUCCGAUCCGAACAGCGGUCGAAUCCGACCGAGACGAGAUUAUCGGAAUUCUCCUUGAGAAAAACUCGGCCAACAUCAACAAAGCUGACAAAAACCAGGAAACUCCGUUGCACGCAGCCAGCCGCAGGUUAUUCUAUAGAUGCGUGAAGCGGCUCUGCCAUAAAGGUGCGGAUUGCAACCUACAAGCCGAGGGCAAUAACACGGCGCUUCAGUAUGCCCUUGAGCCUACGGGGGAUGCGAGUGAGGGUCGCAAGUAUGAUGUGGUGGUUGAACUCUUAAAACACAAUGCCGACCCUGGGAUCCAGAACGCCAAAGGAGAAACGGCAUUGCAUCUGGCUGCGAGAAGUGGUAACUUUGGCAUCUAUAAAGCAAUCAAAGUGAAGAUGGGAGAUGGGCAAAGGAGUCUCCAGGAUCAGGAAGGAGAUACAGCCCUGAACUCAGCGCUCAAAACACACCCCGCCGAUAUCAUAAAGUGGAUGACGGAUAAGGAGACUGCAACGGAGUUCGAUUCGGAGGAUGAAAUGGAGGCGCUACUGUGGGCAGCUCAACGUCAAGAGAAUCACUGUCACGCAGAGUCGAUCUUAAAGUAUUUGAAGGACAUAAGGCAUCCGAAUAAAGCACCCCCUGAAGGUUCUGAUACCUGGAGCGCAAUUCAGUGGGCAGCCCAUCUAGAAAUGCCCUCCGUGCUAUGGCUCCUACUAGCCACUUCCGAUCCAACCAAGGUACGAGUACCACACCGAGCGGCAUGGGAUGAGGCCGAGAGACAGUUCGAAAUGAAAAGCGGCUUCAAAAACAACAAGCCUGCACAAGGCAAGGCGCAGGCCGGGCUUAAGGGCAAGGGGAAGACAAGUAGACAUCAGAGUGAAGCAGAAAGGGAAGCAGAGAGAGCAGAAACUGAGAAACAAGAGGAUCCGAGGACAGUCGACAAGCAAAAACCUCGUUCGUCUCGACAGCAGGCAAAAGACCUUGUGCUAGCCAUUCUGCGGGAUCCUCCUCCGACGGUUACAUCAGGAGAGGAAGAGAAACUAACACAGCCAAAAGCCAGUGUUGAUAGAGAAGAGUUUUUACAGGAAUGGGUUUCAAAGGCUGCUGUCAUUGAAUGCUUCGGGGGAAAGGACAAGUCAGCCCUUUUCACUCAAUUCCGCAGCGUGCAGGACGUUAUCUACGGUACCGGGCCGACAAAGAUUACCAAGGAACCCGCUCAGACAUUGGCCAGGAUAAAGAAACUGAAUGGCUCGCCUAUUUACCAAAGGAUUUGCAAACAACAGGAAGAUCGCCUCGGAGAUAGCCUAUUCACAUGGGUCAAUCUUCCAGCCACCAACGACGUGCUGAAAAGAAUAUUGCUUGACGAUUCAGCAUGCUUAAGCGACGAACAAUCCAAGGACGGCCUGCCAUCUAAAGGGAAAAGAGAUCCUAGCCAUAUUCCCCAUAAUAUUCAAGAGAAGAAGUCGAUGAGGGCUCCUGAAGUGAAUUCAUUCUUCAAAGCUAGUUGGUCACAGAUCCCAGACAGAACGUCUGAAUCACGCAUCAUGAAGCCUAGACACACCACUAAUCUAACACCUGGGAGGAAGCCGCAAUCAAAGACCUCCGGGUCUAGCGCCGAUAGCUCUGAUCGUUCUCUACAUGCCAUUUAUAUACCAUACCUCACCUUGUCGAUACAAUGCCGAAGCCAAGACCUUGGCAAGAGCGGCCAUGGCUGGGAUAGCCAGCAGACGAAGACAGAUGAGGAACAGAUGAAGACAGAGAAGGGUCAACAGAAAGGAGGCAAGGAGGACGAAGAGGAGGAUAAGCUCAGACAAGCUCUCAAAGAGUACCAUCGCCUACUGCAGUUCUACAAAGGGGAAGUCUCCUUUUAUCACUUCUCUAGGACUCAACGGGAGCAACACAAGGGUGAGGAGAAUGACCAAGAACACACUGCGCAACAACACGAACGGGAAAGACGCAACCAAAGUCAAGUUGUCACAAGGCACAUUCACAAGGAAGGCCUAGCAGAAAAGUCCCAUUGGACUCUCGUUCGCGUAAACCAGUUAUGGGUGUGGAUUAUCGGCUCUAAGUGGUUGAUCACGGCCACCACACAUCCCAUAGACCAAUUUGAAGAUCCCUUCUUGACCAACGUACUUAGGCAUAUCAAAGAACAAGCCAUAGCAGAGGGAAGGGAGGUCGGGCCACGAACCCCGCUUGAGAUGGCCAAGACUAUUGUUCAGUACUGUAUCGAUUCCUACGACCGGCAGUCAAGCCCAGAGGUGUACGGUACCGAUGGUUCCAUUCGCCAGAUCUUUUCUGACUCCAUCAACAAAAUUGCUAGGAAUGACGUCAGGCUAUUUGAAGGCUUCUGUGAGAGUAUGAAAUCAAAGCCGUCGAAGGAGCAAGACAAAGCACAUGGAUGGGAAGACGGCGCACCCAAGGAGCAAAGAGAGGUACUUCAUAAGGGGGCCACUGUGGAGAGGAACAAGCGAAUCAAGAAAGCUAUCAACGACGCGGCAAUUCUUUCAAGCGAAAUAAGAGACAUCCGCGACGAGCUUCAAAUGCUUCAGGCAAUUGCAAAGCACCAAGCGGAUGUUCAAAGGAAGUUGCAAAAAGACUCAUUUGUGGAUACUACUGCAUGGAUCCAGGACAUGAUCAAGACUACCGAUCGCAUAAAGUCAAAUGUGGAAAUGACGCUCUCUCUAGAGCAGAGUCAGGUUGCCAACGAUCAAGCGAAAGAAAGCUUUCAGCAGGGGAAAAACCUGACGAUUUUCACUGCCAUUUCAUCGUUCUUCCUGCCUUCGUCUUUCCUCGCGUCUCUCUUUGCCUUGGACGUAGAAUCUUUUCACAAGGCCCCAUAUUGGGUACUGCUCAUCAUUUGUAAGCCAUAUCUCUUCAAAUACUUCCCUUGGUGA